AUGUCAAUUAUGGUUCCUAUGUAUAUGGUUCUUUUAAUUCUUUUAACGUUGAGAUUAUUGGCAAACGUUGCUUCUGCGCCUUUGGCUAGAUUUGCCCAUGCCAGCGUUCUAGUUAAUUCAAAUUUAUAUUUUAUUGGCGGUGAAUUGCUAAACGGUGGAGGUGCUUCAAAUGACUUAUUUAUUCUUGAUUUAUCAGUUCCUUUUAACACUUCGUCUCCAAAAUGGAUAGAUCUUUCUAAAAACUCUCCUGUCCCAAUUAGUAGUUCUUGGUGUACAGCUUCAUUGGGUGGAUCUAAUAAUGAUAUAAUAUUUUUAAUUGGAGGUUUGAUGACCGAUCCAAAUAAUAGUUCACUAGUUUAUACAUUUAACACUAUUGACCACACCUGGUCUUCCCCAAAAGUUUCUGGCAUUUCUCCACAAAGACGUAAAGAAAUGGCAUCCAUUGUUAAUCCUGAUGAUGAAAAAAUUUAUAUAUUUGGAGGUCUAUCUGAUGAAACCACUGGUUCAUCCAAAUCUGUAGAAUUUAAUGACUUUAUUAUUUUAGAUACUAUUCUUUUAACUUGGACUAUGAAUAAAUUUUCAUUUGCACCUUCAAAAAGAGCUGGCCAUACAUUGACUAAGUGGAAUGAAAUAAUUGUUUUGAUCGGUGGGAAAGAAAUCUACACAAAUGGUACUACCAAACUUGUAGAUAUGAAUAAAAUUUGGACAUACGAUAUGAAUUCUGGAAUAUGGUCACUUCAUACGGUCACUGGUGACAAAAUUGAUUCUCGUAUCUUUCAUACUGCU